AGUCUCCUCAGGCCCUCGGAGCGGCGGCCAUGGCCAUGGAGCCUCUGGAGACACCCAUCAAGGACGGCAUCCUCUACCAGCAGCACAUCAAGUUUGGCAAGAAGUCCUGGCGGAAGGUAUGGGGUCUACUGUAUGCAGGAGGCCCAUCAGGCGUGGCACGGCUAGAGAGCUGGGAGGUCCGGGAUGGUGGCCUGGGACCAGCAGGUGACAGGUCUGUGGGGCCUGGCCGGCGAGGAGAGCGGCGGGUCAUCCGCCUGGCUGACUGCGUGUCCGUGCUGCCGGCUGACGGCGAGAGCUGCCCGCGGGACACUGGUGCCUUCCUGCUCACCACCACGGAGCGAAGCCACCUGCUGGCUGCACAGCACCGCCAGUCUUGGAUGGGCCCCAUUUGCCAGCUGGCCUUCCCGGGCACAGGGGAGAGCUCCCAAGGAUCAGGGGAGGCAGAGGCUCCCAAGAGGGGCCUGGUCCAGAUGGAGGAGAACUCCAUCUACUCCUCCUGGCAGGAAGUGGGCGAGUUUCCAGUGAUGGUACAGAGGACGGAGGCAGCCACCCGCUGCCAGCUGAAGGGGCCCUACCUCCUGCUGCUGGGCCAGGACUCCAUCCUGCUGAACGAGCCCGCCAGCCCCCAGGCGCUCUACACCUGGCCCUACCGCUUCCUGCGUAAGUUCGGCUCCGACAAGGGCGUGUUCUCCUUUGAAGCUGGCCGCCGCUGUGACUCGGGCGAGGGCCUCUUCGCCUUCAUCAGCCCCCGCUCCCGCGACCUAUGCGGGGCCGUAGCCGCCGCCAUCGCCCGCCAGCGGGAGCGGCUCCCGGAGCCGGCGGGGCCCCAGCCCUGCCCCCUGCCGCGGGCCACCUCCCUGCCCUCGCUGGAGCCUCCGGGGGAGCUGCGGGAGGUGCCCCCGGGGCCCGAGGCGCCCGGCUCCCGGAGGGCGCGCGCGGCCGAGCCCGGGCCCCAGAGCCUGCCCGCUCUGCUGGGCCCCGUAGCCCCGGACGAGCCGGCGCCCGCGCUCUACGCGUCGGUGUGCAAGCGGGCCAGCCGGCCUCCGGACGCCGCCGAGCACCUGUACGAGAACCUGUGCGUGCUGGACGCCGGCCCCGCGCCCGACGCCGGCUGUCCGGAGCAGGAGGGCCCGGGCGGCCGCAGCCCCCUGGCCAGCCCCAUCUACCACAACAGCCAGGACCUGGGCUGGCCCGGCGCGGCCCACGACAGCAGCCUGGAGGCCCAGUACCGGCGGCUGCUGGAGCUGGAGCUGGCCGACAACGGCGACGAGGCCGGGGGCUCCGCCCGCGCCGGCGCCCACUUGGGCUUCAAGGCCAAGCUGGUGACGCUGCUGAGCCGCGAGCGCAGGAAGGGCCCGGCUCCCUGCGACAGGCCCUGACCGAGUAUCGUGGUGGCCGGAGGAGAGGAAGGCGCUCUCCCUGGGACAAGAGGGCGGGGGAACAAUGGACAUCUGCAGACACACCCCCACACUCACUCUAGCCUGGAGGGACAAGGCAGACAGCCUGGGGUGCCCUGCCGGCCCCCAGUGUAUAGUGUACAGAUUUGCUGGUAAU